AUGACAAGGCAGCUCGGGAGCGCAAAGGAACUUCCAGACCCGAAUCAAGGUCUCCAAUUCGAACAACCAGCACUUUCCGUGCCUCGUGCGACCGUUCCCCCAAGUCCGCAUCGUCUCACGCUCGAAUCAGUAGGCCUUGACUCUCAGCUCACCGCUGCAGAUAAAUACAGACAACUUGGUCACAGCUCUUCCUGGUCUUUUAGUCGCCGCGUGCGGGAGCUCAUUAGGGACACCGGCAACGGCCCUGAACUGCAUGACAGAAUCAUCAUCAGAGACGGUUCCUACGGCGUCCCAUGGGAGCGAUUGCCGGUAGAUCUCAACAAUCUCGAUGUACCGUCACCAGAAUAUGCCGAAUAUCUGCUAAGCACAAUUUCUUAUUCUCUGGGCUCCAUGUACUACCUAUUCGACAAGGCUGAGUUCCUGAAAAAGUUUCAGAAUUUCUCCAAGAACAAAGACCCUGAGGCAUCCGCGUUGACUGACCCUUGGCUGAUUCAGAUGCUGAUCAUUUUAGGCCUCGGAAAGUCUAUUGCCCAUCGCGAACCUGGCCCAUCAGGACCUUCAGGACAUGUCUAUUUUGCCCGUGCGGUCCAAGCUUUCCCUAGCAUGUACUUUCUCUAUGAAGAACCAAUACUCUCAAUUGAGAUCUUGUGCGCCUCAGCCCUAUUUCUCCAGAUGAUGGAUAUGCGGCUAGCUGCUUACGGAUAUCUGGGAGACGCAAUUGGUAUGUGCCUCGCAAUGGGUCUGAACCGAAAACAUGACGCGUCAAGAAUAAGCCCUACCGAAUUCUCGCACAGAUCCAAGCUCUUCUGGACUGCCUACGUUUUGGACCGCAAAUUGUCCAGCCUCAUUGGAGUGCCCCCGAGGCUACACGAUGACGAUAUUGGGCUGCCUAAACCCUCUCUCGCAGCGGCCCUCACUGUAUCUGAGACUAUCAUGGCUUUUCACAUUGACCUGUCUUCACGUCUUGGCGAGAUCUUGCAAGGAUCAAACUUUGUUCAUGCUGUCCAGUCGGUGUUGAAACGACAAUCAGACGGCUCCAAGAUGUUGCAAGAAAAGCUCAAGCUGAACUUUUCAAUGUUGGCCGUCUCGGAAACUAGAGCCGUGGCCUCACUAUAUGUACUACACAAUCUGUGCACUAUUAUGACCAUUCGCCCCGUCUUGUUUUUUAUAUUUGAGCAAAAAGUUGGACACGGCCAGAAUAGCAACGUUUCGGACGCAAGUCGUCAUCUCCUUAACCUGUGCACAGAGGCAGCCUUGAAUAUUCAAGAGAUUAUUCAUGAACUAAGUGAGCACAAUAUCAUAGUGCCAGAUCUCCUUCUCCCAUUUGACGUGGACGCGCUAUUUGCGAGCGCAGUUGUGCUUAUUCUUGUGGACGUCCUCCUCCCGAGCGGCCAGUCCUGGGACGCGGGCAGGACUUUGAAGAUCAUGGACGACAUGGCCCUGAGGAGAUGCAUCAUAGUUGGGCCAUAUAAGCGAGACCUCAUCGAAAUUGAGAGUUUUCGGCAACACGUGCGUGCUGCUGCCACCCUCCAUGAAGGUAACGAUUCGUCGGUUGGUCCGCAUGGUCCCGCAUCCACGACGGCAGGCUUUGCCAGACACGAUAUCAACGGUGGGCUCGUCUCGGAGCAACAUGUCAUGUUCGAGUCGGCGCUAGAAUUCCUCAACUGCAGCUUUCCCGACUGUCUGCCAGCCUCCGAUUUGGACCCGUUCGCGUGGGUGUGGGGCGACGACCGCGAGUAA